GUGGUAGCACACAUGAUCUAGCCUACCUGUGAAGAUGAACAUGGAGAAAGACACUCAGCCAAUGAAACUGAGGAUUGUGCUGGUAGAGGGAAGUGGCUUUGGGAAGAGCUCAACAGGAAACACCAUCUGUGGAAACGGGGUCUUCAAAAUGGAACAUGAUAUCACAUCUGGUUGUGUAAUUGCAGGGGUAAAGUCUGAUGGUCAAGUCAUUUUGAUUGUGGACACGCCGGCUUUAUUUGACCCCAAUAAAUCCAGUGAGGAGGCGAUGAGAGCAAUUGCUAACGGUGUAGCAUUAGCUGCCCCUGGUCCUCACGUGUUACUGGUGGUGCUUCAGUUGGGAAAUUUAAAAAACGAAGACCAAAAAGCUGUGAAGAUUAUUCAGGGGUUGUUAGGAGAAGAGGCAGCACCAUACACCAUGGUCCUGUUCACCCACAGAGAUGGUACGGAAGCAGAUGGAGUUUCAGUCGAAGAAAUCAUUGAUGGAAGUCCAAGUGUUAAGGCCUUCAUCAGUCAGUGUGGUGGAGGAUACCACGUCUUCAACAACAGACACGAGGAUCCCUCUCAGGUCAGAGAGCUGUUGGAGAAGAUCAACACAAUGGUGCAGAGGAAUGGCGGACGCUACUACACCACUGCCUUUGAGCAUCAGGCUGGAUUCGCUACUGCAGGUGCUAUUGGAUGUGCCAUCGGAGCUGUGAUAACUCUCACUGGACUUGCUUUUGGAGCUACUGCUGGUCUUAUUCUGGGACUUGCAGCUUUUGGAGCUGGAGUUGCGACUGGACUCGAUAUUGGGCCUGCUGCAGGUCUUGCGUGUGGACCUGCUGCUUUUGGUGCUGCAGCUGCUGCUGCUGUUGGAGCUAUUGCUGCAGUUCUGAAUGCACCACUUGUUGCAGCAACAGCAGCGAUCCUACCAGCAGCAGGUUUGGUUGUGGCACAGUGGUUAAAUACACAUACCUAAAUUACUGUAGUUACAGUCCAUUGAAGGCAGCUGUUGAGAAGGUCAAGGGGCACCUCAGCAAUAAAGUGCUGCUGGUCCUGCUCCAUGAAGGCAGCAAUACUCCCAGCAAGUAUGUUUGGCUGUGGCACAGUGGUAACAGAAAUAACGUCACCCUUAUGCUACAGUGUAGCUAUACUUUAAUUUAAACAAAUGGAUCACGUAUCAUUUCCCCACCCCUGUGGAGAAGGAGUGGAACGGGUGUUGAUUAUGAAU